AUGGGUUUUGCUGAUCAGGUAGCGUUCUUCAUCUACAAACGUGACGCCCUGCGAGAGCUGCUGCAGAUUCUGUCCGACGUCAGGGGAAGUUAUGGUAACGGCCAAAGCAGUCACAGGAUCCGGAGCCGAAACCAAAAGCUGUCACGCCGCCUGUACAUAUUCAUGCAGGUGGCGCUCAUCCAGGGCCUCGUCGCGUGGCUUUCCACGCCGUUGUUGGCUCGCGCUUUCCUCGCCUCGGACCAGGAGUCACCUGAACCUGCUCGCCAGUUCCCCGUACCCCUCUGGUUCCCUGAGUAUAUGUAUCUGUCACCCUCGUAUGAAAUACUCUAUGCUGUUCAAGCUUUCUGCCUGCUAGUAGGGACGCAGUCUGCUACCUGCGUGGACGCCUUCUUUAUUCACAUAAUGCUGGUGGUGGCAGCCGAGCUGGAAGUUCUGAACGGGAACAUUACAGCCAUGCAGAAGGAGCGCCUUACGGUUCAAGGAAGGGAAUAUCAACAGCGGAGUCAUCGGACUGUACCUAAACGCGACGGGUCGACCGUUGAAAGCAAUGAUUAUCUUCAAAGUACUGAGCACGUGUCAUUAGAGGGCAUCGCAAACGAUAUGUAUCCACAACUGGUAAAGAACAUUCACCAUCAUCACGAAAUUCUCAGAUCUGUCUCCUUCUUGCAGGGAGUAAUGAAUAUAUCAAUCUUCAUUCUUCUUUUCGUCAACAUGGUGGACUUGUGUUCCUGUAUCUUUGUUUCCGCUGUGACCACACCAAUAGUGAAAGGAGCCUCCACAUUGUCGUCCUUCACCACAUCAUACCGCCCCAGUAAGCCUCUGCACCAUGCAGGGAAGCAUAGUUGGGUCACUGCCGAUGUGAGACAGGUCCAGCCACGACAGUCACUGUCCCUGGGACAAGCAGCAGCUGCUCCAGCUGCAGCUAACUCACCUCCCUAUCCAUGA